UUCUGUUCGCCCUACGGUUCGCCUGCACCGAAGCCUCAAGUCCUCGCUAUGGAGCAAGAGAUCAAAGCCGAGUUCGAGAGUAGCGGCUUCUCUGUCGACGAUGACGACCAAAUCCUCCAGAAAUGUCUCACUUACUGCAUCAAUUACAAGCUCAGCCCUUCCGAUCUUGUAUCCAACUGGGAGAUCUACUAUCUUAACAGGCAGCUAAACGGCUUGAAGUUAGAAAAUGCUCACAUGGAUGGUUUCUUGUCCUAUCUGCAAAAUGAGACGAAGCAGAAGAUUAUUAAGGAGGAUUCCCACUUGCAUGUUUACUCCAGUGAUGACGUCGAAAUGCUUUUAGGUGAUGACCAUGAUUCCACAGUGGGUAUUCUCAACACCCCAAACAGUCAAUACGAGAAGCUACAUGUGGAUACAUAUAAUUCUGUAUCGACUCCUAAAACAAAGGAGAAUCUUUUGUCAUCAAAAGAUGCAACUGACAUAAGCAGUCGUAUCACUCCUUUCGGACAAAGGAUUAGCAAGUUCACAUCACAGUUUGUCUUCAAUUCUGAGAGUGUGGAGAAUAGGUUAAGCGGUCAAGAGCUCAACGACAUGGAGGAUGACAUUAUAAGACGAGUCCAAACUACCGAAAGAUGCAAUUUGCAGGUGCAUCACUUGCAGCCGCAAUCAGGUUGUAGGUUCAUGUAUGACAGGACAAAAGAUCGGUUUAAUUACCUAGAUAACCGGAUUAGGAAGCAUGCAAAUGCAUUCACGUCAUAUGGCCUUUACGGAGAACCCUCUGAUGCUACUUUGGCUUCCCAGAAAAAUACGUUUGCAGUUGGGAUGGUUUGUUGUGAUGGAGAAGGCCAUCUAAAUGAAAAAUCCAUCUUGAUGCAAGGAAGCACUGAGCUUUCUGGGGGACGGCGUGUGCGUCUUGAUCUUCAGAAGUUGGCACACUUUUCUUUGUUUCCUGGUCAGGUGAUUGGUGUUGAGGGUCAUAAUCCAAGUGGACAUUGUUUGAUUGCCACAAAAGUAAUUGACUACAUGCCCAGUUCCCUUGAUGUUGAUCUGCCUCCUGCUAAGAAGCUAGCAAUGGACCAGGACUACCAACCUACAUCUUCUAAUGACUCAAGAGUGCUAUCAUUGCUUAUUGCAGCAGGUCCUUUCACAACAACUGAUAAUCUCUUAUUUGAGCCUUUGAAGGAACUGCUUGCAUAUGCAAGUAGGAGGCAGCCUCAACUGGUUAUUUUGAUGGGUCCUUUUGUUGAUUCUGAUCAUCCGGAGAUAAAAAGGGGAACUGUUGAUAGAGUAUUCGAUGACAUUUUCCACGUUGAAAUUCUUAGGAAGUUGUAUGACUACACCAAGUAUAUGGGCCCUUCUGCCCAUGUAAUCCUUCUGCCAUCGAUACGUGAUGCUCACCAUGACUUUGUUUUUCCACAGCCUGCUUUCGAUAUUCGUCAGCCAGAUGAUAUUUCACAUCAGAUCGCUUGCCUUCCAAAUCCUGGUCUUUUCAGUGCAAAUGAGAUUACCUUUGGCUGUUGUACCAUAGAUAUCUUGAAACAACUUAGCGGAGAGGAAAUUUCAAGGACUUCAACUGAUACGAUGUCAGGUGACCGCAUGGGGCGACUUGCAACCCAUAUAUUGGGUCAGCGGAGCUAUUAUCCACUAUAUCCACCCUCUCUGGGUGUUCCCUUGGAUCUUUCACUUGCACCUGAAGCUUUGGACAUUCCCCUUAUUCCAGAUAUCCUAAUCCUGCCCUCAGAUCUUUCCCCAUUUGUAAAGGCCUUGUCUCAUAAAGAAAACGAUGCAGAAGCCGCCACAAAAUGCAUGUGUGUGAAUCCAGGAAGGUUAGCCAAGGGUAUCGGAGGUGGUACCUUUGUGGAGCUUCACUACAACAGUGAACCUGAGAAGUCAAAUGCAUCGAUAAUCCGUAUCUAGCUUUAUAAAAGCAAAGACAUCAGAAAAGUUUGUAGGCUGUCGAGAGUUGCUCUAUGCCUUUGUGGUUAAAUGUGUUGUGUGUAAAUGGUCUAGUGAUGUUAUAUAUAACAUAUAAGCAAACAUGUCUGUUUGCCCAGGAAAUUGGGCAUUAGGUAUUAGUCCUCCGGUAGCCGAUGUUCUAAUCAACUAAUUCAGCUGGAUUGCUGUAUUUAUAUUCCCUGUUCUCAGGAUUCAUUCUUUUAGAAUAGCUAAUUAGCUAUGUA